GGGGGGGGGGAGUCAGUUUAACACAUUCACUGCCAUUGACGGCUUUAGAAGUCAAAUCUCAAUGUUAACUGGGAAGGCUGGCAGUGAAUGAGUGAAGCCAGGAGUCAGGUAUCGUCAAUAAGGCAAGCGAGACGUUGCCAUGGCUAUUUACUCUGCCGACUUCGCCGUCGUGCGGCCGAGAACUCAAAUGAUGACAAUUGGUGACGAGGUGAUGGACGAGUUUGCAAAAAAUGACGUGGCGCUCUUCGGCAUGCCCGCUUCAAUUGCGGGCCUCCAUCUCAACGCCACCUUUGCAAAUAAAAGAUGACAUCUUUCCAGUGUGUGUGUGUGAGUGUGUCAGGGAUGGAUUAUCCUAUUCAGGGAUGCGAGCGAAACGUCUCCUUGGCGACUGAAAGCUGAGUGUGUGAGCGGGAGGGGGCGAAAGUGGGUCAUCGGCACCGCGGCGGAUUAAAAGGCCUGACCGCCAUGUACACGCGUACGUAUGCCGCUGAACACUCACACACGUACUGUUAAGCCCAACAUUAUUGGCACCCGGGACGAAUCUCGAGAUAAAGUUCAUCUCACCAUUCUUUUAUGACUCGAUGAAUCUGUCCAUUGUUUUUUUGAUUCGUCGAUUAAUCGGAAUAAUCAAACGUUUUCAAAUGUCCAUCCCUCGACCGAUUGAUUCGCAUAUUGUUUUGGUUCGUAACACGUCCGAGAAGAGGCAAAAGUCUCGACAAUUGUUUUCCAAAGUAAAAGAUGUUUGAAAAUGUCUUAUUUUGAUGAGGCACAAAGAUAAUCAGUCCGCUUCUGAUUAGAGUAAAUAUAAUUAUGAAUAUUUACCGCAUCAUUAUAAUUAUGCAAAUUUGCGGUCGAAAGCACCAUUUUACGUUUUUGAAAAAAAAGGUCUGUCAACAAUUAUUCGGCUAUCAAAAAUCAUUAUUGUUUAAUUUGAUCAUCAAUUGCUUGUCGAUGAAUGGCUGCACCGCUAGCUAAUUUGUAUAAUUGGAUGUAUUGUUUUGCCAUCGUGACAAAUGCGUUUGGAUGAAAUGGAAUGGGUUCAGGCCCACGUGUGCUCGGAAGACCCUGGGCGAGGAUGGCUCAACGGCGUUGUUCGUUUGCGCUCGCGGAUCGGGUUUCGGGGCGGCUCGCUCGUCAGACGCCCCUUGUGAGCCGUGACCCUCUUUGGCUGGGCCGCAUAUGGCGCACAGCGGGUGUUUUUCUGCAGCCCUGCGGCUAAAUGCGCCCGGGAAAUGUCACGUUCAAUGUGAGCUAUUAUAGUGCGGCUGAUCCUUGUCAAUGUUUGGAGGUAUGGACAAUUACUGGGAGGGGGGGGCUAAGCGGGGCCCCCUGGACUUGUUUGCCUGAAACGGGGCCACCUGGGGGCCCGAACUAAAACUGUAAGCGGAUUCGGGACAGAUGGCGUCCCAUUGUUUCACGAUAUCUUCCCGAUCGGUGGAAAACGGGGCCAAUUACGGAUCGGGAGCAUCCUCGCAUCAGCAUCCUUCGAGGUAAACAAAGUUGCUCCUCUUAAGUCGAGCGUUUACCGCCCCGCCAUCUGAUUGGUCAAUCGUGACAUCAGUUCACCACAUCGCUUCAGCUCGAGCUGCAGUUUCUCUGCCCCAAUUUAGACUCCGAAGGCACAAGAUUUGCUCGUCUGUCUUCCCUCCCUCGUUUUCUGUCUCAACUCAGCAGAUGGAGAGGGGGAAGCGAUGCGCACAUGGCUGCGUUCACGCACGGCUACACGUCGCUUUGCAUAUUUACACCUCUUGCACUGUUUGGGCCGUCGUGCCGCGUGGAAACAACAACAACAAAGGGGUCUGGAUUGAAUGAAAGGCUGCAGGCUCGUCCGUCCUUCCGCCCAGCCGUGCACAGGCCCCCAGCCCCGCUGCCGCCGCAUCGUCAUGGAUGGAACAAAGCCCGCCAUGGACUCCAACGCGGAGGAGACGCAAGAGGAAGGACAGGAGAGCAAAGGAUGCUUCGAGUGCUGCAUCAAGUGUCUGGGGGGGGUGCCCUACGCCUCCCUGGUGGCCACCAUCCUGUGCUUCUCCGGCGUGGCCCUGUUCUGCGGCUGCGGCCACGUGGCGCUCACCGGCACCCUCACCCUGCUGGAGAACCACUUCUCCAGGAUCUCCGGCGACCACGCCGCCCUCACCCUGGUCGUUCAGAUCUUUCAGUACAUCAUCUACGGCAUCGCGUCCUUCUUCUUCGUCUACGCCGUGGUCCUGCUGGCUGAGGGCUUCUACACCACCGGCGCCAUCAAGAAGGAGCUGCAGAGUGACUUCAAGACCACCGUGUGCGGACGUUGCAUCACCGCCUUCUUCAUGUUCCUGACUUACAUCCUCGCCCUCGCCUUCCUCGCCGUCUUCGGCUUCACGGCCAUCCCGGUCUUCGUCUUUUUCAACAUGUGGAACACCUGCGCUGCCAUGAGGUCCCCGGACUCCAACAUCACCUCGCCCGACGCCAUCUGCGUGGACGUCAGGCAGUACGGUAUCGUUCCCUGGAACGCGACGCCGGGGAAAGCUUGCGGUGCCGCUCUGGGAGACAUUUGCAACACCAGUGAAUUCUACCUGUCCUACCACCUCUACAUCGUGGCGUUAGCCGGCGCCGGAGCGACCGUCAUAGCACUGAUUCACUAUCUGAUGAUCUUGUCAGCCAACUGGGCCUACCUGAAGAGCGUCGUCUCCACGCACGACUACCACGACAUCAAGACGAAGGACGACCAGGACCUGGAGGCGGAGGCGCGCUCCAAGGAGGGCCAGAACUCGUCCUCCUACUCAUAAGGACGCCACCCCCCCCCUCCCUCCCUCCCGCACACCUUCAGCCGCCACCCCCCACACCUUAGCACCCACCGGCUUCCUUCAUGAAAACGACGCCCCCGGUUAUAUUCGGUAGUCCCGCCAGCUCCUGAGUCUCUCUGCUCUUCCCUUCCGCCAUGUUGGGUGGAGUGGGCGUGGUCUCCCACCAGAAGGGAGCAGGAUUGAGGGUCAGGAGGAACAGCGACCCCCCCCCCCCCCCCCCCCCCCAAAAGAGGCUCGAGAACGGGAGCGCUCACACACGCUCCGCCAGUUUACCGAGCGUCUCCUGGCUGUCGGGGUGCGGCCAAGUCCUCGCCCCCCACCGGCCAGCGCGGCCUCUCCACACACGGCUCCCCGCGGCCGAAAUCAACUUUGUUUACUGUCAGCGCCCGCCACGGGGAAGCCAGACGGUGACCGACUUCCUCUCUUUUUUUGAUGUUUUAUAUGCAUAUAUACAGUAUAUAUGAAUAUGAAUAUAUUGUGUGAAUGUGUGCGAAUGUUGUUGUUUUUUUAAUACUCUCUGAAACGACCAGGUACUCUUAAGAUGUUUCUUCUUAUGUUUUUGGCGUUCACUCCCCCCCCACACUUCUUUACACUUUUGACUGAUUUAUUGUUGAUGCUUAAAACAUUGUUACUGUACAAACGGACAAGAAAACUGAACAAGUUGAGCAAUUGCAAGGCUGCAUGGCAUACAGUACAUCAUUUGGCAUGUGGGGAAACGCUAACCUGCACUUCAAUCUACUAAGUAAGGAUUUCUUUUCUUCUUUUUUUCGCAAAACAAAAGCCAAAUGUUGUAGUCUCAAAAAAAGUUGAUUUCGUAGCUUGUGCAUUCAAAAUCCAAACAAUCAAAUCAAUCAACCAUUUACAUACUGUACCUGUUCAUUAAUCAAUGCAUCAUUUAAGAUAAUCAAUGAAACAACGACGGGUAGUUUGAAUCGUAAUUACAAGUACAAUUGCGAGCGCUGGGAAAACGCGCGUCUCCCAAAGGAUCUCAAAAUGGUGUCGUGACAUAAUAAUGAGUUGUGCUUGCAGGUGAACUUGAUUUUGUCGAAUGUAAAAUGUCUGGCACAACGAACUAACCUCUCGAUAGGUCAUCGCUGCGAGGGAACGUUUCCCAAAAUUGAUGAGACCUUGACCCCUCGGCUUGGAAAAUCAUUUGGAUUCCUUUCUUGGGGGGAAAAAGAAAAACAACUCUAUUGAGCCGACAUUCGAAACAAAUCUCACAGCACACCACCAAAGAAAGAGGUGGUGUGCUGUGAGAUUUAAUUCGUAAUUAAUUGUGUACCUUCUUUCAUCCUGUGGAAGAGCGUUCAGUGGUUCUGCCUGUCACUAUACAUCACCUGCAUCGGUAGAUGAACAAAGAUACAUGACUUUACGUAAAUGAAAGUGACAUUUCCAAUGCUAGACCUGAUGAUCUCUUACGCCAAUUUGGUUGGGGAUCACUUAUCCGAAGCGCUUACCCAAACGACAACCAUGAAAUCUCAUUCGGAAAUGACUCAACUGUAAAUAGUUUCGUCGCUCCUUAAAAAAUGGAAUCGACUCAGAGAGAGCAGUCCGUGUUUGUCCACGAUAUUUCAUGUAUUCUUUCUUUCCGAACAUGUUCAUGUUCCCCUCGUGCGUUUAGCCGUCAGAUGCUAGCUCUGCAUUUGAUGUCACAAUGGCAACGUGACAUCUUCACUGAAAUGUCGCGAGAGGGACGCGGUGCGGCCGUGACACGAUGGAGCGACGUUCUUGUGAUACAAAUAGUUCAAAUGCGAAAGAAUUGAUUUCAUCGGUUUUGAGUUCUUCUUGUUGAGUUCUUCUUCUUGUGAUUCUAUAUUGAUUAUACAUAUAUAUAUAUAUAUAUAUAUAUAUAUCCAUUUUUUGAAUGGCCAGCCAAAAGAGUGACUUGUCCGUGCAAUAUUGUUUUUUUUCUUUAAGCCUCCCAGAUGAGCCACAGACCGUUUUUGGAUGUUUACACUCGAACUAAACAAGUCAGGAAUUUUCAUACAUUCAUUUUAUAAUCCGAUAUUGUUUCAUAAUCAUAAACUAUACUAUAUAAUUGAUGACCACUGCUAAGUCAACUUUAAAAAAAUAAUAAUAAUAAAAAAAAAAAAAAAAAGGAAAGGACAAAAAAAAAACAUUUUGCUGAGAUGAAGCAUGUCAGUGUCGUCCACGUGUGCAGCUGUCUAUUCUGUAUUUCCAAAAAAGGAUUUGAUUGCCAGGCGCGCUAUGUUCGCUAAUUCUCCGUCCUCUGCCGCCAGGUAGAUGUUAAGGCAAACCUCAAUUUCCGAUGCGACGAUUCAUGUCAGGGUGUUGUUGUUUCCUUGUUCUUUGCAUGAAGGAGACAUGACCGUGUCUUUGCAGUUUUUCAGGUGACGUGUAGUCAAUUGUAUGACAACUUUGGUAGGCGGUGUUUUUCCCCACUUCUUCUGAACCCCUACCCCAUUUCCCUUUUCUAAAAAAAAUUUAUAUAUAUAUAUAUAUAUAUAUAUAUAUAUAUAUAUAUCCAUUGUACUUUGAUGGCAAUGUAGUCUAUGUAGGUGUUUCCUUAUGCUGUUUAUGUUAAGUUGGAACUAGUUUUAUGACUGCUAUAUAGUGAUGAUUUUUGUAACCUUCUCUAGUAAAACCGGUAUUUUUAUUAUCGUG